UUCAGCUUCCCACGAGUUCGGAAGAAGACAGCAGCAGAGCAGAGCAACACCGCUGAAAUCUCAGUGGCCCCAUUUUAACUCACUCUUUCUUCUCUUGUUGCUGCCGCCGCUCACCGGCCUGCCAGCCCUCCCAUCUCUCUGCUCUUCGUCCUUAAGAUGGAGAUCGGGAAACAUGAUGAUGGAGAUGAUAAAACAAAAAAUGGAAAAUCUAAUAUUUGCCAGGAAUGUGGCGCUGAGUUCAGAAAGCCUGCUUACUUGAAGCAACAUAUGCAAAGCCAUUCGCUCGAGAGGCCAUAUGUUUGUUCCGUAGAUGGUUGUGAAGCCAGUUAUAGGAGAAAGGAUCAUCUGACCCGUCACCUUCUCCACCAUCAAGGAAUUAUAUUCAAAUGUCCGAUUGAGAGCUGUUGCCGUGAAUUUUCAUAUAUAUCAUGUGUGAAUAGACACUUGAAAGAAUGCCAUGAAGAUGAAGCUUCUUCUGAAGAAUGUCAGAAGCAGUUUGUGUGUCCCGAAGAUGGAUGUGGAAAGGUAUUCAGAUAUGCGUCACAACUGCAAAAGCAUGAGGAUUCGCAUGUCAAGCUAGACUCGAUAGAGGCAUAUUGUACUGAACCCGGUUGCAUGAAAACAUUUACCAACAAGCAAUGCCUAAGGGCUCAUAUGCAGUCCUGCCACCAAUAUGUCAAAUGUGAAAUUUGUGGGGAAAAAAAAUUAAGAAAGAACUUGAAGCAACAUCUACGACAAAAGCAUGAAAGUGAAGGUCCACUGGAGGCAAUUCCAUGUACGUUUGAGGGCUGUAGCAAGGUUUUUUCAACAGCUUCAAAUCUCCAGCAACACAUGAAGGUGGUGCAUCUGGGACAAAAGCCGUUUGCAUGUUGUUUCCCUGGUUGUGGGAUGAGAUUUGGGUACAAGCAUGUGAGAGACAACCAUGAGAAAAGUGGCCAGCAUGUUUACACUAAUGGGGAUUUUGAAGAAGCUGAUGAACAAUUCCGCUCAAAGCCAAGGGGAGGGAGGAAAAGAAUCUGCCCAACUGUUGAAAUGCUCAUAAGGAAGAGGGUUACCCCCCCAAGUGAGUUGGAUUUCAUGAUGGAUUUCAUGAUGGAUGAAGAAUAAUGUUAAACCAAUGUAUAGAAAUCUGUAACUAGUAAUAUAAGCCCACCCCGUACCACCAGCAAAAUGAGUUAUAUAUAUACUUUUUGUGCUUAUUGGCAGUAAAAUAUGGAAGUUCUUGGUCGUAUUCCUGUUGAAGUUCUACAUUUUUGUUGGUUCCUCUGAACCUUUUUUGCUUGGCUUGGCAUCAUCGAUUCAUACAAUCAAA